AUGAGCACUAUCGCAAGUCCUAAUCAACAAAGAAAGCAAAGUAACGCUUCGGUUGAAUUGUCCGAACAAACAACCCCUAGGGGAACUAAAAGGGAACUUGAAGAUGAAGAAGAUAUGGAUUCCGCGGAAGAGGAAACCGGAACCAAAAACGAAAAACGUGCGGGACGUCGUAAAAUAAAAAUUGAAUAUAUUGACGAUAAAAGUAGACGUCAUAUUACUUUCAGCACUCAAGUUUUACUUCUAGUUGUAUCAGAAACUGGACUCGUAUAUACAUUUACUACACCUAAACUUCAACCUCUUGUAACUAAACCUGAAGGAAAGAAUUUAAUUCAAGCUUGUUUGAAUGCACCUGAUGCACCUAGUGGUCAAGAGUCACCUACAACGGCACGUACAACGCAAAAUGCUCCCGUUUACGGAAAUGAUAAUUCAGCGCCUGUAGACAACAAUAACAACGAUGUUUACGAUAACGAUCGAAAGAGUCAACCUUAUGCUAUUGGCUUAAAUCCUUAUAAUCAAUACGGUAUGUCUUUAGGAAAUAGUGGAAUCGCCGCACCACCGUACAUGCCAGCAGCAGGUUAUCCGCAAUAUAACCAACAACAUCUAAAUCAAUACACAUCAAAUAAUGCCUACAUGCCAGCUGCGGGAUAUUGGUCUACCUCUAACACUGCUCCAAAUGGAACUAAAGUUACUCAAUACCCGAACCAAUCUCCCGAAAAAAAAUAA